AAAUUUGAUUGCGAUUUGGAAAACAAGUUUAAGAUUUUGAAGGAAACCGAUCGACUGAAAGAGUUAUCGCAACACAUCCAUCACAUCUUCGUGUCCAUGGAAUUGAUUCCAGAAAACUCUCGACUUCUGUUGAGUGCGUGGAAAGACUUUCUCAUUUCCAUCGCUAGAUUUGAUCCCUUUAAUAUCAGCAAAGAAUCAAAAAAACAAGAGUGGCACUCAUCGAUGGAACAGUUGUUAAGAGCUGUGGAUGACGUGAAAGAAAAUCUUUCAUUCAAUACCUUGAAUUCAAUCGAAACUUCAGUUAUCAAAUACUUGCAAUUAUUCACAACUGACUUCAACUCAUCCGAGUUUAUGGUCUAUUCGGCGAAACUAUUAAACCAAAGCUUAAGAGUAAUCGAGAAACAGAUUAAAUCACCGAAGAGU